AUGAAUGAUUAUUCUUAAUUGUUUUAUAAUAAAGAUGACAAUACAGAUGAUUUAUUGUUGUCAUAAAUUUCUUAUGAAUCAUAAUUCAAAAGUUAAGAAUCAUUACCCUAAAGGAAAAAAAGAUAAAGUUAGUAAGUUAAAUAAAAUUAGGUUAUUCAAGAGGAAAAUUCAAAUUCAAAAAUAAUUGAAAAUUAAUAAUCCAGUUAUUUGAAAAAUUAACAAGAAUCUAAAGAAGUUCAACUAUUAAAAUUAGCUUCUCAUUUGAGAUAGCUCCUUUAAAAAUAGCAAUAAGAAUUUUAUGAAAAAGAACUUAGCUUUCAUUAAAAACUAUUAAUUUUUUNUAGUCUAGUUUUAAUAUAGCUACUUUAGAAGUUCAUUCGAAUUUUUGAAUAAAAUUAGUUAUAAUCCAUAUGA